AAUAGACCAUAUGUUUCGCCUUCUCGCCGCACGAGGUCUCCAAAAUCAAAACAGAAUUUGUUUUUGCUGCUGUCGGCCUUUAAACAAAAAAGUAUUAAUUAUAAACAAAUCAAAAUAUAAUAAUUCAAAUAACAUUCAAAAAGAAGCAAUAACCAACUAUUAUAUAAGAGAGGCUGAAGAGACUGCGACAAUCUCUAAAAAAAAUUUUCUUGUAAACCUAUAAAACCCAUAAAAAAAACUAUAUGUGAUUAUUAUAUGUUUAUGUUGACUUUUUCUUUGAAGCAAUCUUAUUGAUUUGAGUGAGUACAUUGUCUGAAAUUCUAUAGCAUUUUGGUUCAACCAUGGGAUCAGAUCAUGAUCAGGUAUUUUUACAAAUACUUCAUGAGGAAAAGAACAUUGUUAAUUUUUUAAAUGUCUUCUUUGGAUUUUUGUACAGAUGCACAGACUUCUAUAUUGAAUCAAAUUCAGAACAAAAAUUGGGCUUUCCACCUGGUGUGGCAGAGAAACUUGUAUUGAACAGCAUGUACAAAUGGAAAAAUAUUUCACCAGUUAUAAAGGAGUCCACACACGAUAUAGUCAACAACAGUAUAUCUGAAUCAAAUGAAUUAACUGCAAUGCAAAAUGUUAAUUGCAGGUUUAGUCCUCCAGUUGCUCAAGAAAUUGAGAUUGAUUCUUGUAAUAAACUUGACACUACAAAUAGACUUACUACACAAUUGGUUGAAACAGACCAUACUUCUGACAGUUAUAAUGGCGCUAUAAGAGAUAACUAUAUUUGGACCCAGACUCUUGAUGAUUUGGAUGUAUUGGUAAAAAUACCAGAACAUAUAAAAACGCCCAAACAAACCAGAGUUAACAUUAAUUCGGAUGAGAUCAAAAUCGACAUCAAGCCCUGUAGUGCUAUGAAAGAUUCUGAAUGGGAUAACAUUUUCAAUAGCAAACUUAGUUUUAAAGUUCGAAGAGACGAAUCUGUAUGGAGCAUUGUAUCUGGAAAACAUAUCAGCAUUCAUCUCGAGAAGGCUGUGGAAAGAUGGUGGGAAGCCUUAAUAGUCGAUGAACCGAAAAUUGAAUUAAACAAAAUUGAUUGUACCAAAUAUUUCGACGAUAUGGCACAGGAGGAACAAAUGAAAGUGCAGGAAUUGAUGUGGAAUCAUCAACAGAAACUCUUGGGCAAACCAACGUCCGAACAAAUUUAUUUGUAGAAAAUGGAAGCUACUCUGAAACAAGCAUGGGAUGCAAAAGGAUCACCCUUUCAGGGUACGCCUUACGAUUCUUCCAUUUUAAAAUUUAACUGAUAUCAUGUAACAUCUUUAAUUAUUAUAUUGUAUACUUUAUCUGCGUCAGAUAUAUCGAAAGUGUAAGAUUAUAUUUAUGAAUUGUAUUAUAUUUAUAAAUAAUUUUACAAUA